AUGGGCUUUCUCGGCAGCGCAUCAAGCUCAACGCUGGCGACACAAGCAUCUGAGCCCGUCUCCGAGCCGACGCCCACGUCUGUGCCCUUGCCGAAGCCGCGCAAGCUUUUGAAAAGGACUCCAAGCGCACGGUCGACCACUUCGAAAGAAAGCUCGACGCCCGCUCCACCCAGACCGGCUGUGAGACCGGGUAGCAUCAUGGCAGGACCAUCCUCGCCCUCUGCAUCUGUCGGCACACGCGCCUCUGACCUCAAUUGGGGGGGUCUGUACAGUGCGCCUCGCGUCGUGGUGACGCGCCAGGACCUACGCAACUCGCUCGAAGCCUAUGAAGAUCUACUCAAGUCGGCCAAAGCCUUUAGAAAUGCGAUGCGACAGCUAGCCACUGCGUCUGCAGCUUUCGCUUCGGCUUUAGAAACGUGCGCGAGACAGAAAGGCGCGAGGUGUCAGAGGGAGGCAAAAGAACCGAGCCGGCACCCCAGCGCAAGUGUUGCUCAAGCGCUCGGGCUACACGUCGCUCCACAGAGCUCGAAUGCGAGCUCAAGGACAGGCGGCCGGACCCCUCCAGAUCUGACUUUGCAGCCAGACGAGCUUGAAGAUGAGCGCGCAGCCAGCGAUAGACUCUACGCCGCCAGCGGCCUGCAUCACCUCAUGAGCAACCACGAUCAGGUUUUGUCGGACAACUUUUACAAGAAUUUCGAGAUACCCUUGCUGGAAAGCUUUGAUGCCUACCGUGUCGAAGUCGUCGAUCGACAGGCAUCAUACGAGAAAGCGCUGGCAGAUAAGAGCAAACGCAUUCGCGAGACAGAGGCGGAGAACAUGAAAGCCGGUCGCAAGCGUCAACGCGAUCUGGCGCAGUUUCGUCGUGCUCUGCAAGAGCUACAGUCUCAAGUGGACGAUCUCGAUAGACUCAAAGCCGAGCAUUACACUGAAGUACUCGAAGCGGAGCAGACGGUCUGGAGCUUCGUAGCCAAUCGCGUCGCUCUAGUCGUCAAGACAGAAGUCGACACAUUUGACAAAUUUGCGAGCAAGGGUACAUCAGACACUGUCCUCGCUUCGAUGUGCGACACCCAUCCCGAUCCCUUUGAGUCAUAUGCGCAGAAUGAGCCUGCCAUCUUUUCAAUACUACACCCAUUGAAUUCGCAGAUGGCAUUGCCGAGGCUUAAUUCGAGCACGAUCUCUACUCCGCAGCGACAAGCGAGUAACACAUCGGGCGAAUGGUCAGUGCCUACAUCGCCGAACGGAUCUACGCCGCGCCGACCCUCAAUGCGGGUCACUGCAAAAUCACAGUCGACGACGGGAAUCAGUCAAGAUGCAGAGACACCGACGAAAAUGGUCGCAUCGACAACAGAAGCUGCAAGCAUGCUGAGCGCAAUAGAUGAACGAGAAUCACGGCCCUCUUCACCCGAACAGCGUCGUUUCUCGAGCAGUCAAUAUAGUAUAGAUCGUUUCGAGACGCCUCUGCCUGAAGACUCAACAGACAGUAGGACAGAAGAGGAGCAGGAGCGGUCAGGCGAAGAAGUACAAGCAAUCUAA